AAAGUCCAAUCCUCUUUCACUGCCGAGGUUUUACAAGCAACCAUUUAAAAGGAUUCCACACAACAAUCCCAUGAUAACAUAACAUUAUCACCCAGAGAGGAGUGUUUGCGUGUGCCGCGAACAUGUUUUUGCAGAUGUGAACUCUGUACUUUAGACUUGUCAAAAUACUCAUUCAUAUCGUUUUUGUUUACGGAAACACCGAAAAGUAUCCAAAUAAUGGCAAUCCUGAAUCAUUUUACGACAACGUGCUGGAAGAACUUUCAAGGCCACCGUCUAAAUAAGCAGCUGUUCUUCAUUUUACGCGCAUCGCACAAGUCAGCAGCCCGGGAGGAUUUGGAGAUCUCCGCGGCUGGAGAAGAAGUCAUGUCUGAGAGACUGAUCACACCGGGGAAUGUCAUCGAGAAACCCAGAAUCAAGACCCUGAAGGAGAUGCCUGGACCCAGCACGCUAUCCAACUUGAUAGAGUUCUUCUGGAGGGACGGGUUUGCCAGAAUUCAUGAAAUUCAAAUGGAGCACACGAAGAAGUAUGGCAAAAUUUUCAAAUCCCAUUUUGGGCCCCAGAUGGUGGUCUCUGUGGCAGACCGUGACAUGGUGGCUGAGGUGCUGAGGGCAGAGGGCGUGGCCCCUCAGAGAGCUAACAUGGAGUCUUGGAAGGAGUACAGAGACAUGAGAGGCCGUUCCACUGGCCUCAUCUCAGCGGAGGGAGAAGAUUGGCUGAAGAUGCGGAGUGUGCUCAGACAGCUCAUCAUGCGUCCCCGUGACGUAGCGGUCUUCUCUGAUGACGUGAACAAAGUGGUAGAUGACCUGAUCAAAAGAGUACGUAUUAUUCGAUCCCAGGAGUCUGAUGGAGCCACUGUCCUCAAUGUGAAUGACCUCUUCUUCAAAUAUGCCAUGGAAGGUGUGGCAGCAAUUUUGUAUGAGUGCCGACUAGGCUGUCUGGAAAAUGAGAUUCCGCAGGAAACCCAAGAUUACAUCAAUGCACUGCACCUCAUGUUCAGCUCCUUCAAGACAACCAUGUAUGCCGGAGCGAUACCAAAGUGGCUCCGAGUUAUCAUCCCCAAACCGUGGGAGGAGUUUUGUUUCUCCUGGGAUGGCCUCUUCAAAUUCACCCAUAUUCACAUUGAUAAGAGGGUCAAAGAUAUCAAGGCCCAGCUGGAGCGGGGAGAGGAGGUGAAGGGGGGACUGCUGACACACUUGCUCAUUACCAAGGAGAUGACCAAGGAGGAGAUCUACGCCAAUGUAACAGAGAUGCUACUGGCUGGGGUCGACACGACAUCCUUCACCCUUUCUUGGGCCAGCUACCUGUUAGCGCGGCACCCUCAAAUACAGCAGCAAAUCUUUAUGGAAGUGACAAGAACUCUGGGACCUGGAACAGUCGCCACAGCUGAUGAUGUCCCUCAGCUGCCUCUCAUCAGAGGGUUGGUCAAAGAGACUCUCAGGCUUUUUCCAGUUCUCCCAGGCAAUGGACGGAUUACCCAGGAUGAUUUGGUGGUGGGUGGAUACUUCAUCCCCAAAGGGACUCAGUUGGCCCUGUGCCACUACUCCACAUCUUUGGAUGAAGUGAACUUUGAUGAUGCUUUAGACUUCCGACCAGAUCGCUGGAUACGGAAAGAUUCCACAGAUCGUGUUGACAACUUUGGCUCGAUUCCCUUUGGCUACGGCAUCAGGAGCUGCAUCGGCAAGAGAAUAGCAGAGUUAGAGAUGCAUCUAGCUCUCACAAGACUCAUUCAAAAGUUCCACAUUGGCAUAUGUCCUCUUACUGCUGAUGUCAAGGCCAAAACUCAUGGCUUGCUGUGCCCUUCUGCACCCAUCAACCUGCAGUUCAUCGACAGGGAAAACUAGACACAGACGCCUCUCUGUAACAUCUACUGUAGAGCUAUACCACAUGUGAAACUAUCACACUGCGAUUAUUUAUGAGUAAUGAUUAUGAUACAAGUAAUGACUUUAGUGGGAGUAAGUAAUUUUUUUAUUUCAUUUUCACUAAAUAAAUAUAGAAAUGAUUAUGAUGUGAUUGCUGGGGUCUGUACCAAACAACUAUGUUUCCUUAGGCCCGGAGAAUAUGAUUUAUAGGACGGGGCAUCUCUGUAGCACCACAAAAAUUUUUUCUCAAAAUAUGUGCAGAUCCUGCCAUUUGGAUAUUGCAUUUGCCCAUAUUGUGAUUUUAAUAAUAUUUUGAUUAAUUGUUCAGUUCCAGUGUACUGUAUGUUUUUAAAGUGCUAAUUCAUUAUUAUGAGUUUUUUAUUACACUUCCUCUAGUGCACCUUUCACUUUCAUAUUGUAGAAACUAAGCCUAGACUGAGGUUUUACUCAGACAAGAAAUGUGUUUCACUUUCUUCUGUGGACACGACAGUAGUAAUGGACGGAUAAUGUGAAAAUAUUCCUGUAUGUAUAUUAUCUGUACUUUUGUAAAAACCACUGCAGACUUUCCAUUCAUUAUAUUCAAAAUAGUGAGCGGGGGCAAACUAUAAGCUCUAGUGCAGUACAUGAAUUAAAAUAAUGUAAUGCCACUUCAGUAUGCAUAAAAACAUAGUGGUUUCAAGAAGAAGCCACUCUACAAUAAUUUUUGUCUCCCCUUCUGGCAGUGAGAGUAAUUACACAAACACUCUUGACGCCUGCUUAUGAUGUAUGCCUACAGGUGAGCUUGCUCCAGGCUCCUUUUAAUAAAUAGUUACAAAAGUAGAAACAUUUCCACUGUUUCAAGACAAUAUAUUAUUUAGGCAAUGUAAAUUUAAUAGCUACAUAGACUAGUCCAAAUAUUUUACAAUGCUACAUCCAUGUCUUCCCUUGUUCCUUCACUCAGUGCUCUCCAAUGUGGAAAGCGACACCAAUAGUUAUCCAUAUUUGUCCUAGCCUUAAAUAACUUUCUUGUUUUGACUGUAAUCAUUUCUCUGAAUGCAAAAUUAUCAUUUUUUUAAUCUGGAGCAGCAGAAGCUUUCCUUGGAUACUUCUUAGUUGUUUUUUUACAUAGGCUCUGCCAAAUCUUAGUCGCUUUAGCCUACUCUGUCCCUACGGUUGCUCCAGAGCCCAGAGCCAUGUAGAGAGAGAACUCCUCCUUUCAUUUUCAAUUCAAGUGGCUUUAUUGGUAUGACUACAUACAGUACAAUGUUGCCAAAGCAUAUUAACACUAAAUAUACAAUCAUACUAAACAUAAAUAAAGAAACAAUUCUCAUUUAUAAACUUUCUCUCCAAUGGAUUAAUUUAUACAUAAGUCCUGCACUCCAGCUUUAAAAUAAAGCUUAUUAUCUACAGUAUAUCAUUGAAGCUUUAAAUACACUGUGAUAUUUUCAAAUUUUAUGAAGAUUCCUAAAAUACAUUUUUUAAAUAAAUAAUUUUAUCACCCUAUGAAUUGGAGUAAAUUAACCAUUAUAAAGUAAAUUAAAAUUAACUGUUAAAUUAAUCAAAGUAGAAUAUUUGCUCAUUUAAUUGAAUGUAUAUCUGUUUUUCACACAAUAUAUUUGGAUAAAAACAAUUUGGUUAAUAUGCUGCAUCUUGGCCAGGUCUCUUUUGCAAAAGAGAUUUUGAUCUCAAUGAGACUCAUCUGGUUAAAUAAAGGUUAAAUAAAAAAUGCAGUUUGUAUGAAUACAAGUAUUUUACCAGAAUAUGUUGGAUUAUGAUUUUAUUGAACAGUUUUUGCAAGGGGACGAGUUGUUGGAUUGUGUCAUUAUGAAGGAUUGCAUUUUUGUGUACCUUUUUACUGCAGUUCAAGUGAAAUUGGGAAACAAUAAAAAAUAAUGUAAUUGUUAUUUUAAA